AUGACUGAUCCAGAUCGUUUCACAUUAAUUAUGAAAUGUUUGCCUGGUAUUGUUCGACAAAUAGUACGACAAACACCAUCCUAUUCGGAAGGUCAGACUUAUGUAUUACCUUUAUUGAAAUCUAUAUUGCCUGGUAUCGAUUCAAAUGAUUUGGAAAAGAUAGAAGUUACUUUGGAAGUUCUUGAUGCUAUUCUUAAACUAGUUCCAUGUAUUGAUUGUUCAUCGGCAGUUAACACGCGCACCGAUCUUACAGAAAUUGAAAAACAAGCAUGUUUAUCAACAGCGCAAUUUGAAGAUUUCGUCACUGAUUUUCUCAAUCGAAUGCUUCACAUGAUUUCCCGACGAUCGAUUGAAAUAUCCGAUGCUGUUGUAGAUAACAGCGAGAUCAGUCAGGACGAUUCAUUUAUACAAAUCAAGUUAACAUCAAUAGUAUCCAGCAUUGUUCAACAAUGCAGCAGUAAAAUUUUUCAAGUAUCUACAAAUUCAAAUCAAUAA